AUGGAUCCCAAGCAAGUUCUUAGAAAUCAGCUACCCAGGAAAAAUGACUUUUACUCUUAUCAGCCACUUUCUGAGGACCCUCCUCCAGAGACAGGGGAGUCUGUGUGCCUCCAGCUCAAGUCUGGGGUUCAUCUCUGCAGGGUUGGUGGCAGUUUAAGCCCCCAAACAUGCUCCAGAUGUCACGAGGCAUGUUACCGAACUAAGGAGCAUCAUACUCCAGACUGGAGAUGGGGACAUAAGCAGGCUUGUAGACAAUCAGAAUUUGAAAUUGUAAUAAGAACAGAAGAUGAGGUUAUACUUGAAGAUGUUGAAAAGGGAAGGGAAGCAGAAAUUACAGGAAGCAUGGGUGAAGCACCUGAUGAAGAAUUGGAUUCCACGGCAAAAUAUGAACCCAAGGAAGAUAAAUUCCAGAAGUUUAAAACUAAAAUAGCCCUAGAGCCAGAACAGAUUCUUAGAUAUGCCAGAGGGAUUGCACCCAUCUGGAUCUCUGGUGAAAAUGUCCCUCAAGAAAAGGAUAUUCCAGUUUGCCCCUGUGGGGCCAAGAGAAUAUUUGAAUUCCAGGUCAUGCCUCAGUGGCUCAACCACCUAAAGGCCAACAGACUCGGCAGGAGUGUUGAUUGGGGUGCUCUGGCUGUCUCCACCUGUGUUGAAAGCUUUAGACAGGGGAUUGGCUACACAGAGGAACUGGUUUGGAAGCAAGAUAUAACAGAUACACCUGAAGACAAGGUCAUAAAGCCUUACGAAUUCUCAUAACCUCUUAGACCUUACCA